UUCGAUUCUUCCCUAGACAGCGAUAGAAUAGACAUCAUGGCAGCAGUAGCAGCAAAUCAGAAAGGUCUCUCAAAGAUGAGCGAUGAGGAACGUGAGAACCGUAUGGGUCGUGUAUACGGUGUUUCAGGUCCAGUCGUGGUGGCAGAAAACAUGAUUGGUUCAUCCAUGUACGAACUUGUUCGUGUUGGUCAUGAUGAUUUGGUCGGUGAAAUCAUUCGUGUUGAUGCUGAUAGGGUUACAAUUCAAGUUUACGAAGAAACAAGUGGUGUUUCCGUCGGUGAUCCAGUCAUGGGAACUCGUCAACCACUCAGUGUGGAAUUGGGUCCAGGAUUGAUGGAAAACAUCUAUGAUGGCAUUCAAAGACCAUUGGAAGGUAUUAUGAAAAAGAGUGGUGGUAUUUAUAUCCCCCGUGGUAUCAAUACUCAGGCUUUAAAUCGUGAAUUGCAAUGGGACUUCAAACCUACUACCCUCAAAGUUGGAGAUACGAUCAGCGGUGGUGACAUCUAUGGUACCGUCUUCGAAAACACCUUGCUAUCCGAUCACAAGAUCAUGCUGCCACCUCGUGCACGCGGAAAGAUCACCCAUAUCGCCGAAGAAGGAAGUUACACAGUGGAUGACGUUGUUCUAGAAACCGAAUUCGAAGGCAAAAAGACAAAGCAUACAAUGUGUGCCCUUUGGCCCGUUCGUGCGCCUCGUCCAGUUGCCGAAAAGUUAACAGCAGACACUCCUCUGUUGACUGGUCAACGUAUUUUGGACUCCCUCUUCCCUUGCGUUCAAGGUGGUACGACUGCUAUUCCAGGUGCUUUCGGAUGCGGUAAGACUGUCAUUAGUCAAGCUUUGUCCAAAUACUCAAACUCAGAUAUCAUCACAUACGUUGGUUGCGGUGAAAGAGGAAACGAGAUGGCCGAAGUGUUGGCAGAAUUCCCCGAAUUGACAUUGCAAAGGGACGGAAAGGAAGAACCAAUCAUGAAACGUACAACAUUGGUAGCAAACACAUCCAACAUGCCUGUCGCAGCUCGUGAAGCUUCCAUUUAUACCGGUAUCACACUUUCAGAAUAUUUCCGUGAUCAAGGUUACAACGUUGCCAUGAUGGCCGAUUCCACUUCUCGUUGGGCAGAAGCAUUGCGUGAAAUUUCAGGUCGAUUGGCCGAAAUGCCUGCUGAUUCAGGUUACCCGGCUUACCUCGGUUCCAAAUUGGCCAGUUUCUACGAACGUGCAGGAAAGGUCACUUGUUUGGGUAGCCCAGAACGUCAAGGAAGUGUUUCUAUCGUCGGUGCUGUCUCACCUCCAGGUGGUGAUUUCUCUGAUCCAGUCACAGCAUCAACACUUGGUAUCGUUGGUGCUUUCUGGGGUUUGGACAAGAAGUUGGCUCAAAGAAAGCAUUUCCCUUCGGUCAAUUGGGAUGUGUCUUACUCCAAAUACAUCAGUGAUUUGGAACCAUUCUACGAAUCAAAUCACCCCGGUUUCACAGGCUUGCGUGCCACCGCCAAGUCCGUCUUGCAAAAAGACUCUGAAUUGGCUGAAAUUGUGCAAUUGGUGGGAAAGAGUGCAUUAGGAGAAAAUGACAAGGUAACAUUGGAAGUUGCACAAAUUUUAAAGAAUGACUUUUUGCAACAAAAUGGUGUUUCAGAUUAUGAUGCUUAUUGUCCUCAAUUCAAGACUUCUGGUAUGUUGAGAAAUAUGGUUUUAUUCCACGAUAAAGCACAACAAGCUGCUACAAAUGGUGCAACUUGGAGCAAGAUCAAAGAACAUUGCUCGGACGCCAUUUACGGUUUAACUCAACAAAAGUUCUUGAACCCCAAAGAUGGUGAAAAAGCAGUUACCGGUAAACUUGAAGAGCUAAGUCAACAAAUCGAAGAGAGUUUCCAAAGUUUGGAAGAUUGA